AUGCUUGCUGCUCGAUAUCCUCUUCUCUCCCUUGUUCGAUCUACGCGCCCUUCUCGACAAUUUGCCUCCAUUUCCCCUCUACCCCGCAUCUCCGAUUACGGCGCAAGAACAAUGUCGGCAACCGCUGCGCGGCCCGACCCUUUCAAGCCAGCUGCGAGAGUGGCUGGCCAACGCCAGGAUGUUUGGUCGAUUGUCAAUGAAGCCGCUGCCGCUUCGCCAGUUCAGCCGAUCGUGAACAUGGGUCAAGGGUUCUUUGGCUACAACCCUCCCCAAUUCGCAAUCGAUGCUGCAAAGGAUGCCCUGGACCGGGUAGAAUGCAACCAAUAUUCACCGACGAAGGGUCGUCCUCGCCUCAAGCAGGCUAUUGCAGAUGCAUACUCGCCCUUUUUCGGCAAGACCAUCAACCCCGAGACCGAGGUCUCCAUCACGACUGGAGCUAACGAGGGAAUGCUCAGUGCUUUCAUGGGCUUCAUUGAGCCUGGCGACGAGGUCAUCAUCUUCGAGCCCUUCUUCGACCAAUAUAUCAGCAACAUUGAAAUGCCCGGCGGGACGAUCCGAUAUGUGCCCCUCCACCCACCAAAGGAUGGUGCGACCAAGACUUCGCCCGCGUCGGAGUGGAAGAUUGAUUUCCAGGAGCUGGAAAACACCAUCAACCCCAAGACCAAAAUGAUUGUAUUGAACUCACCGCACAAUCCCGUAGGCAAGGUCUUUUCCCGAGAGGAGCUCCAACGCAUUGGUGAUCUGUGCGUGAAGUAUAAUCUCAUCAUCUUGUCUGAUGAGGUAUACGACCGUCUGUUCUAUGUCCCCUAUACCCGAAUCGCGACUCUUUCCCCCGAACUUUACGAGCGCACCCUUACCGUGGGAUCGGCGGGUAAGGCCUUCUACGCCACUGGAUGGCGCGUCGGCUACUUGAUCGGACCCGAGCAUCUGAUCAAGUACGUCGCUGCUGCGCACACCCGUAUAUGUUACAGCAGUGUGUCGCCUCUUCAAGAGGCGGCCGCAGUCGCCUUUGAGCAGGCAGACAAGCAGGGUUUCUGGGAAGAGAGCAAGAAUGAGAUGCAGCAGAAGAUGAAGCUAUUUUGCGAGAUCUUUGAUGAACUGGAGAUCCCCUACUCCGAGCCCGAAGGUGGCUAUUUCGUCCUCGCUAACAUGGCCUCUGUCAAAUUGCCAGCCGAUUAUCCCUUCCCGGCUCAUGUCGCUAACCGCCCUCGUGACUUCAAGCUCUGCUGGUUCCUCAUUCAUGAGGUCGGAGUGGCUGCUAUCCCUCCCACAGAGUUCUACACCGAUGCAAACGCACAUAUCGCGGAGGACUACCUCCGUUUUGCCGUUUGCAAGAAUGAUGACAUUCUUGAGACUGCCAAGGAGAGACUCCGGGGUCUCAAAAAGUAUAUCUCCUAG